CUCAGGAGAGAUUGUAGAAAGCCGCCGGCGACCCUCUUCGCUUACCCCGCUCCCCCCACCUCUGGGAGCCCCUUUUGCUACCCUGAACCUCGCUCCAGGCCAUGCCUGAGAAGGAGCACUGGCCAGCAGGGCCUGGGUCCAGCAGCCUUGACCGAAUGAUGAGCAACGCCUCUGCCCGCUCAGUGUCCACCGACAGCAGCUACGACUUCCUGUCUGCCGAGGAGAAGGCGUGCUUGCGCUUCCUGGAGGAAACCAUAGGCUCCCUGGACACUGAGGCUGACAGCGGACUGUCCACUGACGAGUCUGAGCAAGUCUUGGUCCCCCGAAGCCCCCAAGGUCUACCUGCCCCCCAACCCACACCCCAGGGGCGUCCGGCAGAACCUGCCCCUCACCAGGGAUCCCUGUCCAGGCCACUGACUCCGCCCAGCGCACUUCGUCCACCUGCACCCCAAGGCCUGGGCCUCCGGUCUGGCUCUCACAGCCUCCCCAGGAACAUCCACAUUGGCAGAAGGCAGCGUCUUGGGACUGGCACCGCCCAGGCCCCUGUCCUGAAACCAUCUGAGGGGCCUGUCCAGGCCCCUGAGGAGGAGCAGGGCGCCCGGCCCCGAGAGCCCAGCCAGUCCCCAGCCAGGCCCCCGUGUGCUGCCCUGGCCUUGGACACAGAGUUCAUCCCCCCUCCAGCGGCUUUCCGGGACAGCCUGCCUGUGGGGCCCAGGGAGAAUAGCCCCACACCGCGGCCCCCCGUGGCCCUUGGUGCCCCAGAGAGAGGACAGCCUGCCCCAGAGGCCAUGUCCCAGAUGGCCAAGGAGAAGGGGCAGCCUCAGCUCCCUGGGGAUGUGCAAAAGGCUCCCAUCCCAGCAGGGGGACGCCCAGAGGCCCAGCAGGGCCCCCUCACAGCCCCAAAGCCACGGAAGCUGCCCCCUAACAUUGUCCUGAAGAGCAGCCGGGGCAGUCUGCAUGGUGACCCCCAGAACCGAGUGUCCCGCCCCUCAGACGCCCCCAGAGACUCGGGCCCGGCCCCCUCCUCUCUGCGGGAGCAGAGGAGGGUGCGCAGGGAGGCACUGGAGAAGCUUGGGCUGCCCCAGGACCAGGAGGAGCCCAGCAUACCCCCGAGCAAUCCCAAGCCCAGCACCUCCCUGAAGCUCAAGGAGCCCCAUGCCCAGGCCCUGCCUGUACCCCUGGCCCCUGCCCACGGGCUGUCCCCACCAAGGGCUCAGGGACCUGCCCCACCCCAGUUGCGGGCUCUCGCCCAGGAGCCCACCCCAGGGAAGCUUCCGGCCACCAGGUCCAAGCCUGUCCCUAUUCCACAGGCCCUGGGGGCCAGCAGUGUUGCCCCUCACCCCAAGCCAGACUUGGGGCUGGCGCUGCAGGAAAGCGGCACCCCCGGCCUGCGGCAGGCCAGCUUCAAGGCCAGCACACUGGAGCGCUCGGGCGUGGGGCUCGGCAGCCUGCUCUCCGUGGAGAAGGCCCCCUCCGCACCGACCAGCACCUCCCUGGGCAAAGUCUCCUUCCUGGACAAGCUCUCGCCCCAAGUCCUGAGGAACUCCCGGCCCCGCCCCGCCUCUCUGGGCACUGGGCGGGACUUCUCAGGCAUCCAGGUGGGCAGGCUGGCCGACCUGGAGCAGGAGCAGAGCGCCCUGCACCCGGCAUACCAUGGACAGAGCCGCGACAAGCUGCCCCGGCCCCUGUGUGUCAGCGUCAAAAUCACCCCCAAAGGUGUCCCUGAUGAGCACCGGCGGGAGGCCUUGAGAAAGCUGGGGCUGCUGAAGGAGUAG